CCUGCACGUCUGCAACACGGCCAACGCUCUCGCAAUGCACCUCUCCCAUGCACAGCCUCACAUCUCACUUCAACGCGCUCGCGUUACGGAAGCAAGGGCAGAAAAAAUCGCUGGUGCAGCAGAUACGCGGCAUGAAGGUGCGCAGCUCAGUCAAGAAGCUGUGCGACGGGUGUAAGAGCGUGAGGAGGAAGAAGGGACGAUAUGUGUACAUCAUUUGCUCGAAGAAUCCCAAGCAUAAGCAGAGGCAAGGAUAGACAAAUAACGAGGACUAUCGAGACGGCUUAAGACUGGGCGGAAGUAUGUGUUUGGCACAUAGACGACACAAAGGCCAUGUGGUAGCAUAGAAGAGGAUGAUGAUCUGUAUCAUGUGUAUACAUAGCUAGCGUACGAGGGCGUCACAUUCGAGAAUUGUAUAAAGAGUCAACUUCAUCACAC